CUGCAAUACAAAAAAAAAAAAUCUGCAAUAGGAGACAAUACAAUUAAUUUAAUUUAAUUUAAUUUAUUGAUUCCUCUCCUCACCCCAAAAUUAAAUAAAUAAAUGGAAAACGUGGUGGGUCUGCUGAGGAUAAAAAUCAUGAGAGGAAUAAACCUUGCUGUAAGAGAUACCUGGAGCAGCGAUCCCUAUGUCGUUCUCAGAUUAGGCAAACAGAAAGUUCGGAGCGGUGUGGUGAGAAAGAAUGUGAAUCCAGAGUGGAACGAAGAACUCACUCUCACUGUUUCAGAUCCAAAUCUCCCCAUCACACUGAAAGUUUACGACAAAGACACGUUCAGUCGAGAUGACAAAAUGGGUGACGCGGAAUUCAGCAUAAAAGAAUUCGUGGAGGCGCAGAAGAAGGUCCCGGACCUGCUGGAGAAUAAGCUCCCGAGCGGUAUUGUAAUAGAGAAGAUUAAGCCCAACAGACACAACUCCAACUGCCAGCUGUCGGAAGAAAGCCCCAUUUUGUGGUUAAAUGGUAAAUUAACCCAACAUAUGUUUCUAAGGCUUAGGAACGUCGAGUGUGGAGAAAUCGAGCUCACCCUCAAUUGGUUCCCAAUUCCACACAACAAAAUUUAAAUAUUUAUAUGUAUCUAUUUAUUAGAAAAUAUAGUUUUAUUGUAAUUUUAGGUAAAAUAUAAAAAAAAUAAUAGAUGCUGUAUUUACUAAAUUAGAAGAUUAAUAUAUUUUUUGAAUGAUUCAAGUGUC